UGACAGUGGAAGCCAUCUAUCGUUAUACGAGCACAGCAUUGUUCGUUUGUGGUACUUCAUAUUAGCAAAGUGUUUUAAAAAAUCGCGGUUAGGCUCUACAGAUUCGGCGUUUUGUAAAUUAUCCUGGUCGAAAAAUAUCUUCUAUGCAAUUUUGCUGAUAAUGUGUGAAUUUUCGAUAUUGAAAUUUAUAUGGAUCGCGAUCAGUUUGCUGCUCUUGUUCGAGAGGUGGCAGCACCAGAUGUAGGACGAAUGGGAAUUGAGAUAUUAAGUUUUACCAUAAAAGAUGUUUAUGAUCGUGUGGAAUACUUAAAUUCUCUGGGACGCGCACAAACAGCGAACGUCAAAAGAGAUGCUGAUAUCGGAGUUGCCGAAGCAGAACGUGAUGCUGGAAUCAAGGAAGCAGAAUGUGAUCGUUGUCGUUUGGACGUUCGUUAUUCAGCCGAUACGCAUAUUGCUAAUUCAAGUCGUGAAUUUCAAUUGAGGAAGGCUAGUUUUGAUCAAGAGGUUAAUACAGCUCGUGCAGAAUCUGAAUUGGCCUAUAAAUUACAGGCUGCUAAAGAGAGACAAAAAAUUCGAAAAGAAGAAGUGAACAUUAAUAUUGUUGAGCGUCGUAAACAAAUUGAAAUAGAAGAAAAAGGCAUAUUAUGUACUGAAAAGAAUAUGGAUGCUACUGUACGACGUCCAGCUGAAGCAGAAGCUUAUAGACUACAACAAAUAGCUGAGGGUUAUAGAUCACAAAAAAUUCUUUUAGCUCAAGCUGAGGCCGAUGGUAUUCGUCUUAAAGGUAUUGCUAAAGCUGAAGCUAUGGAAGCUGUUGGACGGGCAGAAGCUGAGAGAAUGCGUUUGAGGGCUGAAGCUUAUAGCAAAUACGGUGAUGCUGCUAUUCUAAAUCUCAUAUUGGAUACAUUACCGCAAAUAGCUGCUGAAGUUGCUGCUCCACUGAGCAAAACUAAAGAAAUUGUUAUUAUGAAUGGUUCUAAUGGCGAACCAGCUACUUUACAAAGUCUCACUAAUCUGGGCAAAGAUUUUACUACAUUAGUUGGGACUGUUCCACAUGCUAUUCGAGCUCUAACAAAUGUUGAUCUCAGUCAGACUAUUUCCAAGAUUCCAGGAGCUAAAGUUGUCCCACCGCAAGGGAUAUGACAUUGUGUAAAAUAAACGAAUCAAGCAUCGAAUAUAUUUAUGUUUUUGAAAUCCUUUUCAUUUUCAUAAAAAUGACCUAUCCUCAUAUGUUCUCUUUUAAAUACAGUGCACCUCCCAACAGACUUUUUUCCUGCGAACUGUUAUAUGUGAUAUACAAGAUAAAUUAACUUUACUGCUUUUCGUUCGAUUUCGGCAUUUCUACUUUCUUUUCCAACACUGAUUUAAUGUCUCUUUCCAUAAUUUAUCAGUAACCUUGUCUAUAAUAGUUCCUUUGAUAAAACAGUUCUCUGUUUCGCUUUAGUUUCAAUUAGUGUUGUACAUUUAACAAUUUUCUGAUGGUAAUUCGUACUUAUUCUACAUAGAGAAGUUGAGUAUUUGUAGAACUGAUUUUUUAAUUGUGUGUUUCUAUAUUGAUAAUUUUGGUCUAGAAAACCACCAUUGUUUCGUUCUGUUGUUCUUUUUGUUCUUCCUACUUUGUGAAUUUGGUUUGAAACCAUUUAAAUUUUGUGAUCACUUUUUAAAAAAAAUCAGAAAACCAGUCUGUCAUUAACUUUACCACA